GUCUUCACCACACACACACACGCACACACAUACACACAAAACAGACACUGUGCACCCAGCCCCGUGGAACAGCACGGCAGACAGAGAGCAAGAGGCUAAGAGAGAGUGAGUGAUACUGGGACUGUAAGAGAAACUGCAACAGAGGUGGCUUCUGAAGGAAGAUAGAGACAGACGAGAGAAGAGAACUACUGCAAGUGCGGAAUCACUUCUGGACUCCCUUGCCCAGACAUGCACAACCAACAGCACUGGAUGGUGGCGGUGGCGAUGGCCUCCUUGGUCCUGACGGCAGCUGCCAUCGAAGGGGGAAAAGCCGAGAAAGGAAAGAAAGAGCGGAAGUCGGACUGCGGGGAGUGGCAGUGGAGUGUGUGCGUGGCCAACAUCGGAGACUGUGGCCUGGGCACGCGAGAGGGAACAAGGCCGGGCAACGACUGCAAGCAGACUAUCAAGACCCAGCGCUGCAAGAUCCCCUGCAACUGGAAGAAACAGUUUGGAGGAGAGUGCAAGUAUGACUUCCAAACUUGGGGCGAGUGCGACAUGGCUACAGGCAAGAAGAACCGCACUGGGGUCCUGAAGAAGGCCCUGAUGGAUGCCAGCUGCCCCGGUACUGUCACCGCGAGCAAGUCCUGCGGAAAGAUCACCAAGACUAAGCUGCCAGAUGUGAAGAAGCCGAAGCGGGAGGGUAAGAAGAAGGAACGCGCUCCGAUGGCCUAGCGCGGGGUCGUGUCCAGAGGCCGAGGUCGGGAGUGCACACUAAGCCCCGCCUCUCCCCCCUCCCCUCUCUCCUCUCUCUCCACCUUUAGGUCCUCGGCCCAGCGUGGGAGGAGCUACUAUAGCAGCUGUCCAACAGCCGAGCUGAGGAAUUAUAAACAAAAGAUUAUGAUUUUUCUUCCUCUCCUAACCUCUGGUAGACAAUGGCCAUAGCUUUUGUAUACUGUAGGGGCUUUAAUUCUUGAUAAUAUACGGAACAGAAAGGGAAUUUUUCCUCUAUAAUACAAUCAUUAUUUUGCGAUGGUACGUUGUGAAUUUAACCCUUGUUUUGUUCAUCCUGCUUGUUAUAACUUUUGAUUUUUUCGAUUACCUAUUACUGUUAAGUAAAUCUUAAAGAUGAAAAAAGAUUUUUAUUCUCAAUUGUACCUUGUACUGUACCCAUCUAAACUAUGAGGGUGUUUCUGAUACUCAGGAGUUCAACCUGUUUUAAGCUUGUAACUAGCUUGUCCCAAAUGCCACUGUAUCCAACAGAUUUGGCCAUGACACAACCAAUUUGAUUUAAAAAUACAGAAUACCAGAUGACCUACUGAUGUCAGUUCUAUAUAGCCUUUUCAAGAUGUUUCAGUUUCUCUAUCUUUUCUGGAUUAAGACAACUGAUCUAGAUGAAAGCAAGCCUGCUGUCUUUGAUUUGACAAACUCAGAAUCUCCUAUAAAAAUCACAGUGCAACUUAAGGAUCUCAGAACAAUUUGCAGAACAAAAUCUAAUAUUUUUCUAAAUAACACUAGUUAGGGAAUCUGUCGAGUAUGUUGAUUUGAUUCUCACACAUAUCUCUAAAUCUUCACAACUUUGUUAAAUUAUAAGGAGUAGCACAUUGCUGUGCCCAGUAAUAAGUAGGUUAACUUGAAUUACCCUUUUACAUUAUGGAUCCUUUCUUUGCCCAUUGAAGUACAGUAUGUACAGUGCGUGGCUUUCUGGGGUUUAUUUCCUCUUUAUCAAAUCAUUUCAUUUUCUAAAAUAAAGUUGGAGUUGAAAGCCACAGUCCACAGUUUGUGAAUCUUCUUUCUUAAAUAUUUCUGGCAUGAUCAUUUGUGAAUAAAAUGUUUUAACAAACACCAA